GCGAGUACCGGACAUUAUCCACUCGACCAGUCCCUCUAUGCAAAGCUCCACUAGAGAGGGUUUAGCUGGUUGAGAGUGAGGGAGAGCAUUUGUCGUUUUUUAGAGAGAGAGAGAGAGAGUUUCUCUGAUAUACUCUUUAAUGGCCAGGGGUACAGAGCGUCUGGCCAAACUUAUCAAACAAAACGCUGAUUUCUACGGCAAAAUAUUCAAAGAUCAUUUUGCGCCACCGUUGAUGGGGCUCAUUGAGCUCCCAUACAGAGUCCUCAUUUCUCCUUUCACUUUGGCUGCUGACAUUGUCGGGUCUGCUCCUCGGGGCUUUGGAGUUCCUGAGUUCAUUUCCCACCUCUCUUUCUCUGCAAUUUUUGCUGUUGCUACUCUAGGUACUUAUGAUAUUGCCUUAGAACUUGGGAAGAAGGUCCUGUGUCAAAGGAACUGUGGGACCUGUAGUGGGUGGCAGGCACUGCGCUGUACAAUGUGCAAAGGGACUGGGAAGGUGCAAUACCAAGUGAAGAAUUACACCUUAAAAAGUGGACAGAGACCAACACCUGAAAGUGUUGCAGAAGCCAUUGCAGAUAAUAGGGCAGAGUUGGUUCACCUUCCAUCUGCCAUUGAUCUUGAUUUACCAUUGCCCACCAAGGAAUGCCCAUCAUGUGAUGGCAGUGGUGUGAUGAGCUGCCCUGAAUGCAAAAAUAAAUUGCAAGUUAGAAUUUCUGCUGAUGACAUAAUGGAACCUCCAUGGAAAGCAUACAAUGUUUUCAGAAAGAUGGAGUACCCCUAUGAGCACAUUGCUGAUAGCAUGCGGGACCCAAAUAUUGCUGCAUUUUGGUUGAUUUCAAUGCCUGAAAUCAUGGGUGGGUUCACCUUCGAUGAUGAUGCCAAGAAGAAAAUAUGGUGGGCAUACAAGGAAUCCAUGCGGUAUGAUCAGCUUAGAGAUAUUGUUGCAAAGCGAAAACCUGGUUGGGAGCACUUGCAACAAGCCCUUGUUUCUAUAGAUCCGGAGCGUGCAAGAGAUGAUCCAGUUAUUGUGAAGAACAUCCCGUAUUACAAGGCCAAGAAGGCAUUAGAGGCAGAGGUCACGAAGCUUGACGUCCCACCGCGCCCUGAUAACUGGGGUGAUUUAAAGCUUCCAUUGACUAAGACUUCAUGGACAGAUGAAGAGCUUAAAGAUCCUCAAAAGCUUUUGGAAAUGACCACACUACUCACCGCACAAAGAGAAAUGGCUGAUAAAUUCUUAGAUACACAGUGGGAAACAAAAUGGCGGCAAGAUAAGCUGAAUGAACUGUUGGAGGAGAAGGUGAGGCCCUACAUUAAAAGUGUAGAUACUGGUGUUCUUCCUCAGCCCAUAAUCAUGAAACCCCAAGAUCAGGAAGCGAAGGAAAGCAGGAGACGAAGGCGAUGGCUCUUCUUCUGACUGGAAGUGCACAUCAAAUUCCAUAUUUAGCCUCUUCCAUCUUCUUAUUGCUGUUCAGAUUAUUGUCUUUGAUCCAAAAGCCGUGACUUGGAGUUGCACAUUACUGAACGUUAAAAGAAUUUUGAUUUACCCUCUUUGUAAUACCUAUGUGAUAAUUUAGAUGUGAAUGCCUAUGUAUUUGCUCUUCAUUAUUUAUUUGUGUUACCAAAAAUUUGGUGUAGUUCUUGGGGACGAAUGGGGAAUUUUGAAAAGGGAAAAGUUUAUAUAGAGCCGAGGCUCUAAACAAUCAAA